CAAGUGGAACUGCAAGGAUCCGAUCUAUGGAGCAGAUUUCACGAGAUUGGAACAGAGAUGAUAAUCACCAAAGCGGGCAGGCGAAUGUUUCCAUCAAUCCGAGUGAAAGUGAGGAAUCUGGACCCAUUGAAACAAUACUGCAUCGCCAUGGACAUCAAGCUCGUGGAUUCAAAGAGAUACAGGUAUGUGUAUCACAGUUCCCAGUGGAUGGUGGCUGGAAACACUGAUCACUCGUGCAUCACCCCGCGACUGUACAUCCACCCGGACUCGCCAUGCUCCGGAGAGACGUGGAUGCGCCAAGUGAUCAGCUUCGACCGGGUGAAAUUAACAAACAACGAGAUGGACGAUAAGGGCCAUAUCAUCCUUCAGUCCAUGCACAAGUACAAACCGCGCGUGCACAUAGUUGUACACGAGCCAUCUGUGGACAUGUUGCAAAUCGCUGCGCUCCCGACUGAAGGCGUCUGCACUUUCUCCUUCCCCGAGACCCAAUUCAUAACCGUGACAGCCUACCAAAACCAGCAGAUAACAAAACUGAAGAUUGACCGAAACCCCUUUGCCAAGGGCUUCAGAGACCCAGGAAGAAACAGGGGUGUACUAGAUAGCGUUCUGGACUCUUACCCCUGGCGAAAUCCAUUUGGACUCAAUCUGAAGCCAUUUACUCUGGAGCUGCAAGGUACAGAUGGUCAUGACAUUUCCCCUCUGAAAAGGCUCUUGCCGCACUCCAGUUCUUCGCUCUCCCAUCCAUUCACCCUUUCUGGCCAAGACAACGAUCUUCACAACCUCAGUGUCCCUCUCUGCUCUAAAAUGACCUCUUCAAACCCCUCCUUCACAAACCGACCCUACUGCAGCCUCAUACCAGACAGACUCAGAGCUUACUCAGAGUUGCGACCCUUGAUGGACUACCCAAUGCUGUCUCCCCUCCAUGACAAAAAAAUAGGAGGUUGCAGAGGCCAGUGCCUCCAGAGCCACUGCUUGCUUUCUAUCCAGAAUCUUCAGGCAGGCCGAUCCUCUGGAGCUCAGCAGGAUACUGCAACAUCUUCUCUUAUGUCACCGUAUGGCAUGUACAGCUACAGUUUACCUUUCAGGCCACAUUUAUCCAGCUCACCAAAGUCAGCUGACAGCAUUAUCCUGGCAUCAUCUGAGAGCCUUCUGUGCCAAACAGCCUGGCAUUCAACUGUCAGUCACUGCCUCUGA